AUUCAAUCGAGUGCUUCGAUCGGUUCGUUUAAGCGGUGACGGAAACCAGAUUCCGUAGCUUGCUUACCUCGGCCUAAAAACUGACCUUGAUUUCUUGGUGGUGGUUGUGCACAUUGCCUUCCAGGGUAAUUUCGCCAUGGAUGUGAAACCCAAUUUCCCAAUGCAAUUCCAGCAGCAGCUUCCGCAGCUACAACAGCAAUCGGAGCCUCAAGCCGCAGCAACUCCAAGUACAAGCGCAGGUCAGCCGGGGGAGGCGCCGCCGAAGCAGGUGGCGAUGGCCGUAGACAGGCUAGCCCAGGCUGCGCGACUAAUUGCUGAUGUGAGGAUCGGCGCUGACCGGCUCCUGGAGGCGUUGUUCUUCGCCGCCCAGUCUCACCAGAGCGACAAGACCUUGCAGUUUUUGCUCAAGGAAGAUGCUAGCAUGCGCCAGCACCUCCAGGACCUGCGCACUGUUGAUGGCGCAGUUGUUGCUUAUGCGUGGAAACGUCAACUAGCUGGGCAGGCUGGUGCAUCUGCUGUGGACAGAACCAGGUUAGCUCUGAAGGCAUUCUCGGAUCAGAAAAGGAGAUUUUUUCCACACCUUGAUGAUGAAUCGGAAGAUCAAAGUACAGAGCCAGAUUCUAAGAACCUUGCAGGCCUCCGGCACCGUUAA